AUGGCAGACGCGAGGUACACGAUGAGGAGACUCAUCGACGGGAUGGACAUGCAGCACAACACGAACACGGACGGCCGAGAUCCUGAACCUGCCUCCGAGCUAGACGUGGACGAGAUGAUGAACUUGUACUACGAAGGACUGUCUGAGAAGGUCGCUGCAUCGGCAGCGAGGAUCACGUGGUGGCGCGUGUACACGCUAGCGCUAGCGUGGUUAUGUGAAAACCUGAUCGUGACAGUCAUUCACAUGCUCAUCUACAACGCCAGGGGCUCAGACCUGCACCCCACCACCAAGACCUUGUACAGCCCCACGAGCACGAACCCGAAGAAGACCACGCGGCUUGAGCGACAGCGACUCGACCCCGAGCAAGCCCGCGUCCACGAACAAUCCCAGGGGCAUGAGCUGGCUCGCCAACCUGAACCAGAAGAGGGUAAUGAACCCGACCACGGUCCCACCACCAACACCACCACGGCCGGGAUGACGAACAACAACGUGAGCAAGAAGGUGGGCAGCAAGGGCGUUAUAAUCGAGGGCUCCAACAUCGGCUCGAAGGCCUCCGAGCCCGAUGGGACGAGCGAGAAGCUGGAGCAGAUCGACAAGGCGUGUAACAACGUGCUCCCGACCGUGAUAAUGUCCAACACCCUCAGACCGGGAGCGGACCCGGAGAACAAGUACUCAUCAUCGCGGGAGACCGUCGGGCUUGGGAAGCUCAAGACCGAGAAGAAGACGGGCAAGGGCAAGUUGUACUCCGACGUCAUUAUCAAAGGGCCGAACUGGGUCCUGAACCUGUGGACGCUCAGGAACGUGGUCAUGGAGGCCGUCCCAGCCAACAACAAGUACAAGUUGGGCAUCAAGAUCCACAACGUCUUCCACAUCAGGAAGUUGCUGUACCACAGCCCGCCGCUGUCCUCCGCGACCGGGUUCGAGGUGGACGACGACAUCUUCAACGAGGCCGAGAGCUUGUAG